CAGGCCCUGAACUCUGUAGGAGGGGCUUUUCCUUUCCUGGACUCCCCCUGCGUCAGAGGGAGGAGUUACUCCAUUACAAAACCAGCUUGUCAACAACUGAAGGGUUAGCACUGAGUUGCUGAGCCAGGUGGGAGACAGACUUUAAGAAGGUGGAGAGAGCCCAGGAGACUGCAUCAUGGCAGUGAAGCCCAUGCUUCACUACUUCAAUGGACGAGGCCGGAUGGAGCCUAUCCGGUGGCUCCUGGCUGCUGCGGGAGUCGAGUUUGAAGAGACAUUUAUAGACACUCCAGAAGACUUUGAAAAGCUAAAAAAUGAUGGGAGUUUGAUGUUCCAGCAAGUGCCAAUGGUCGAAAUUGAUGGGAUGAAGCUGGUGCAGAGCAGAGCCAUUCUCAACUAUGUUGCCGCCAAACACAACCUCUAUGGGAAAGACAUCAAGGAGAGAGCCCUGAUUGAUAUGUACAUAGAAGGUGUGGCAGAUUUGAAUGAAAUGAUCCUGCUUUUACCCAUAACCCCACCUGCUGAAAAAGAUGCUAAGAUUAUGCUGAUCAAAGACAGAACAACAAAUCGUUAUUUGCCUGCGUUUGAAAAAGUGUUAAAGAGCCACGGAGAAGACUAUCUGGUUGGAAACAGGCUGAGCAGGGCUGACAUCCACCUGGUGGAACUUCUCUACCUUGUUGAAGAGCUUGACCCCAGCCUUCUGACCAACUUCCCUCUGCUGAAGGCCCUGAAAGCCAGAAUCAGCAACCUGCCCACCGUGAAGAAGUUUCUGCAGCCUGGUGGGGCGAGGAAGCCUCCAGGGGAUGAGAAAUCUGUAGAAAAGUCAAGGAAGAUUUUCAAGUUUUGAUAAAGCAGGCCUGGCCCCCAGCACAGGCAGGACCGAUCUUCUGAAGUUUUCCAACUGUGAAGUGCUUGUCUUACAUGUAGACCCUGAGUAUUGUGACACUAAGAAACUAAUCCAUUGUUUAAGUGCUAAUUUAACAGAAAUCCACUAUGCAAAUUUGGUUGCAAAGCAAUCUAUUUGUUUUGAUCAAACAUGAAAUUAUUUCCUCCUAGGAUGUCUCCUGGACUUAAAAAUAAAUAGAACGAGAAAAAGUU